CUUGGCUCUGACGCCUCCCCUGUACCUACCUCCAAGCAGCUUAAACCUAUUCCCCCUCGUGUUAGCCGUUUAUGCCCUGGGAAAAAGCCUCUGACUAUCCACACGACCAAUGCCUCUCAUCAUCUUAUACACCUGCAUGAAUUUCCUGCAUGAUUUUCUCCUGCUGAACAAGACGAUGAGCUCACUGUGGUUGUGACGUUGUUCAGGGCUCAGGACGAAGUUGGUUAAACUCCUUCUUACCCGCCCUUUUCAACGUUUUAGGUCACUCUCACUAAUUUCAAAGGUCUUCGCUUCGAACUGCUGGGUUGUUACAAUGAACAUCUGAAGUCUGACAGCAGACUAGCGAGUGAAUGGAGCAGAGUCAGAAACCAAGUUGCCAGUCAGGGAUUUGGGGCUCCAGAAAGAGAUGGGGCCUGGAGUUUACAAGGAGGAGGAAGAAGACAAACCGAACCUGCAGGAUGUGGCUACAAAUGAAAGAUCAGACACAUUUGGAAACUGCUUGAUUGAAAAAAAAGUGGUUAAUUUCUGCAAAAUACUGGAGGAAAUCAACAUAUCAGGCAGAAGAUGUGGAGAGGAAUAAAUAGACAACGUUUAGGCCGAGCCCUUCAGUAUGCCUAGACUGUGGACUCCUCUGCUCAGUUGCUGCCUGAACUGCACAGUUCCUCCAGCAUUGUGGGUUUGUGUGUGUGUGUCUGUAUUUCUAGCAACUGCAGAAUCGUUUGUGUUUUAUAUCUUCAUUUGUAAGAGGGUUGUACUUCGGCAUUAGAUAAACAGAAUGCCUGUUGAUAUUGUUUUUGGGAGCCGCUUUCUACGUUAAAAGAGCUGCUGAGUUUUCUACACAGAAAAAACCCUGAGGUGUGGACAUAGAACCGGUGCUUGCAGGAACUUUUUAUGGCACCGUGAUUACCCAUAAAACAGUGCGUUUAAAAUUUCUCUGCCUCUGAACCACCAAUCAAAUGCGCAGGCGUCAAGGUUGUUGACGUAUUCAGAUCGCAUGCACGCUGUACACAAAAGGACUCAGCAGGAGCGUUCAAGGUAAGAAUGAAUCUACGGGCGGCUAUCUUAAACACCGAGUGUGGAACAAUUGCUCUGAUGCCGGACACCGUGACCCACAAUCCCGGGACAGUCCUGCUGUCUUCCCCUUCUCUCAGCCCCACGAUCCGUACACAGGCCCUGGGAAGCUUCCGGCUGCUGAGGGAAUGGGAACCGAUGGAUCUCUCAAACAGAGCUGAGAUCCAGCUAUUUAAAUGCAAGGAUUAGGAACUCGGAGAAAGGGAACAAAAUCUUUUACAUCACCAGUUGAGAAAAUCUUCUUUGUUCUACCUCCAAUCACAAACAAGAGAAAACCCGUGGAGAGGGCGCAGUUUUAAGGUGCUUCGAAGCAGGUACGAAGGAGAUGUCAGGGGUGUUGUGUUCUUUAUACGGACCGUGGGUUACUCAUAACAAACUAUAUUAGGGAAGAAUUGACCUUUUAUUUAACAGCAACAAAACCACGUUUUACACUGCCAUGCUUCUCGAUCAUUCUUCAUUUCUGCGCAUUCUCAGAACUCUGUCCAGUCACGUCCUGGCACGUGAUAUCACCACGGGGGGGUGAGUUUCUUUACGCAGAGUGAUGAGUGUCCGGAAUGGGCUGCCGGCGACUGUGAUGAAGGCGGAUGCAAUAGUGUCUUUUAAGAGGCUUCUGGUACAUGGUGCGCAGAAAAAUAGAGGACUAUGGGAAACUCUAGGUAAUUUCAAAAGUUAAAAACGAGAAGGAAUUUGUCUCCACGAAUCUCAGAUACGGCACAGCAAUUUUGCUGUCUCUGUCUGGAUAUUUAAGAAGUAGAGCAAGGGAUUCAAUCGACCAUUCUUCCUGCUCACACUGUGGGAAUGGUUUCACUCGGUUAUCUCAGUUGAAGGUGCAUCAGCAAGUUCCCACUGGGCAGGGCUAUUCAUCUGUUCUGUGUGUGAGAAAGGAUUCUGUCGGGCAUCCCACCUGCGGACAGACCAGUCCGAUCACACUGGGCUGAGGCUGGUCAUCUGCUGAAUUUCAGCGAAGGGAUUCUCUCGGUCAUCUGACCAAAUGGCACACCAGCAAGUUCAUACCGGGAAGCGGCCAUUCACCUGCUCAGACUGUGGGAAGGGAUUCACACAGUCAUCCACACUACAGAUUCAUCAGCGAGUUCACACUGGGGAGAAGCCAUUCACCUGCUCAGAAUGUGGGAAGGGAUUCAGUCAAUCAUCCAACCUACAGAGUCACCGGCGAGUUCACACAGGGGAGAAGCCAUUCACCUGCUCAGACUGUGGGAAGGGAUUCACGCUGUCGUCCCACCUUCAGAGACACCAUCGAGUUCACACUGGGGAGAAGCCGUUCACUUGCUCGGUCUGUGGGAAGAGAUUCAGUGAGUCAUCUGACCUACUGGUACAUCAGCGAGUUCACACUGGGGAGAGGCCAUUCACCUGCUCAGUCUGUGGGAAGGGAUUCACUCAGUCAUCCAACCUACUGGUACAUCAGCGAGUUCACACUGGGGAGACGCCGUUCACCUGCUCAGUCUGUGGGAAAGGAUUCACACUGUCAUCCCACCUACAGAGACAUCUGCGAAGUCACACUGGAGAGAAGCCAUUCACCUGCUCAGAAUGUGGGAAGGGAUUUACACUGUUAUCCCACCUACAGAGACACCAGCGAGUUCACACUGUGGAGAAGCCAUUUACCUGCUCAGAAUGUGGGAAAGGAUUCACUCAUUCAUCCAUACUGCAGAUUCAUCAGCGAGUUCACACUGGGGAGAGGCCGUUCACCUGCUCAGACUGCGGGAUGAGAUUCACUUGCUCAUCUAAACUGAAGGUACAUCAGAGAGUUCACACUGUGGAGAAGCCGUUCGCGUGCUCAGUCUGUGGGAAAGGAUUCACCCAGUCAUCCAAACUACAGAUACAUCAGCGAGUUCACACUGGGUAGAAGCCGUUCACGUGCUCAGUCUGUGGGAAAGGAUUCAUUCAGUCAUCCCAAUUACUGGCACACCAGUCAGUUCACAAUGGAGAGUGGCUGUUGUUAUGAAUCCCUGGGUUUUGUUUGCUGUGGACUGUCAUUUUAAGAGAGAGACAGAUUAAGAAGGUGAAUCAGUCUGACUUGCAGCUUGUUUACAUUGCUCACAACUUGUUUAGUUUUAACUGAGGACACAGACACUCAGAGUCAGACGGAGACGAAGGAGGAAAAAUGGAAGGAUCGAAACCAGGGAACUAGAGGCCAAGGGUCAAUCUUUGGAACUUUCCUAUGCCCACAAGGGUGGGUUAGUUAUCGAUUCAUCGUACAUCGAACGUGUGGUGGUCACCUCGUUUGAUCCAUAGGAGUGGAUCUGAUUUGGGGUAUCAUGUGAAGACCACUGAUGUGUUAACCCUUGCCUGGGUGUGGUGACGAUACCCCUUGUGACAAUUUGCUUUUUGUGAUCAUUCGUAUUUGGAUUUGGAAUGACGAUGGAUAAAAUCUACAGCGAUUAUUCUCUCGUUUUACCACCAUGGAACCUGUGGAAUUCGACAUAAUUGCCUUCUCUUGACAUUUACCCCGGAUUACAAAUAUCUCCCUCAUCACCUAUUCCGUGGAUGAACUGAGCUUUCAUACUUUACUAUCUCAAGACUCCAAGCCUUGUUUCCCCCGAGCUCAGUAGUUUGGGAGUUAUAUUUACACACAUUUAUUCACAUAACACUGUUAACUUCUGUUUAUCUUGUUUAAGUUACAAUAUUAUAAGUAGUUAUUAAUAAAGAUAGUGGUUUUAACAUCAAAACCAGACUCCAGGUGUAGUCUAUUGCUGCUGGUUUGUUUCUAAAGCGUUACGGUUCAUAACAAAAUUGCAUCCUGCGUCCGGGAUAUGAACAAACUUGGGGAAAUAUUGAUCGAUUAAUUAUCGAGUUGAAUGGGGUGAUCCCUUUUGAUUUAUUUGUGUGUGGAAAUCAGCAGCAAUGGAUAUUUAUAUAAUUCUGGAAGCACCAACCCCUGAGGCAUUAGGAAA